AUGGGCCGCGAUACAAGACGUCAGUACUCCUCCAGUCACCAAUGUUUUUGCAGCCUACCGUCGCGGGGCCUCCAUGUCGUCGUGACCAUUGCAGUGCUGCCUGUUGCUCCUCUCCUCCACGCCCGCCAGCGCCACUGCCCAAUUGUGCGACCUGGCGUUUGCGGAGCACACGUUGGCAGACCACCAGCAAAAGUCGCACUGCGGGGGAAAACCAAAAGAGCAAUGUCCAUGCUAAACAACGCUUCUCAUUGA